AUGACGACCAUCGCGGUUGUGUCUGGCGAAAAUGCCGGGGCCAACGCAGCUGGGUCCGACUCCAAGACCACGUUCAACGUCGGGACCAGAAAGUCCAAACUCGCCCUGGUACAGACAGAUCUAGUCGUUCAGGCACUGGCAGCGGCUUGUCCCGAGUAUGUCUACGCCAUCAAGGCGCGAGACACGGCAGCUGGGGACAUUGACAAAAUCACCCCCUUCAAAGACAUGCCCGUCAAGAAUAUCUGGACUCACGAAUUGGAGACUCUCAUGAUUGAGGGACAACUGGAUUUCCUUGUUCACUCACUCAAAGACGUCCCCACGCAGUUACCUCCAGGUUGUGAGGUAGGCGCGGUGCUGGCGCGAGAAGAUCCAAGAGACGCCUUUGUCAUCAAGGCUGGAAGAAAAGCUUGCAACAUAGAGGAUCUUCCUGCCGGAUCAGUCGUUGGAACUUCCUCCAUACGACGGACUGCCCAAAUUGCACUCAAAUAUCCACAUUUACGAGUGGUCGAUGUCCGAGGCAACGUGGGCACUCGCCUAGCUAAGCUCGAUGCCGAGGAUGGGCCUUUUGACGCGUUGAUUCUCGCUGCCGCCGGACUCAUUCGCCUCGGACUUGGUGAUCGCAUCACUCAAUACUUGGAUUCCAAAAACGGUGGAAUGCUUUAUGCUGUCGGACAGGGAGCUAUUGGUAUUGAGAACAGGUCGUCGGACGAUCGAGUGCAGGGCAUGUUGAACCUCAUCGAUCAUGAGCAGACUCACCUAGCUAUAGCAAGCGAACGCAGCCUCCUGAAGACCAUAGAAGGAGGAUGCAGUGCUCCACUGGGGGUGGAGACCUCAUGGGUCAAGAAGGAAGACGGCAGCAGCUCACUCCUUCGGCUGCAAGCACUCGUGGUCAGCACAGAUGGCAAAGAGAAGGCCGAGGUCGACAUGACCGAGAAUGUCCAGAGUCGGAAUGAUGCAGAAACGUUUGGAAUCAAUGCUGCAGCUGAACUGCUCCGCAGGGGUGCGGACAAAAUUCUCGCAGAUAUCAAAGCGAAGCGGCCUACCACCGUCGCAGAUCUCCAGGAAACGUGA